CUAGUGUGAUUUGUGUCCUUAUCUACACUACUGGGCUUAGGCGUCGGGUUGAAUUCCUUCCCUUCUUGCGCCGCCAAAGCCGCCAUACUUAGGCAACAUGGCUGAAGAUGAUGCCAAGAAAGAGAUCAUUAAGAAUUCUAUUCGCGGCGUGCCUAACUUUCCGAAGCCUGGCAUUCUGUUCUGGGAUGUGACGACCAUCAUGUUGAAUCCCAAGGCGUUCAAGUACACAAUUGAUCUAUUUGUGGAGCGUUAUAAGGACAAGCAGAUUGAUGUUGUCGCAGGUUUUGAGGCACGGGGCUUGAUCUUUGGUGCACCUCUGGCAUUGGAACUUGGAGCAGCGUUUGUUCCGUUGCGCAAGCCUGGCAAAUUGCCAGGGGAAAAGAUUUUCGAGGAGUACAAAACGGAAUACAGCACGGACAAAAUUGAGAUGCAUCUGGGCUCCAUCCUGCCGGGGCAGCGCGUAGUCCUGGUUGACGACCUCAUCGCCACUGGCGGCACGCUUGCAGCGGGAAUUAACCUAGUCAAGAAAGCCGGGGGUGUGGUGGUUGAGGCAGCGUGUGUCAUCGAGCUCCCGUUCCUCAAGGGCCGGGAAAAAAUUCCCGACACGCCCCUGUUCGUCCUGGUGGAGAAGGAGGGGCUCUAACUGCUGGAUCACUCGAGCACGGCCUGGUUGCGACCUGCUUUUCAGGAGGCAGCCAGCCGAUUGGUGCUGGACAAGCUGCCAUAUGGUAGCACUCUGUGAUUCCGGCAUAUUGGCCCAACGAGGUCUCGUGCGCCGUGACCAUUCAGUCGUCGUGCGUUGCUAGGAUGCUGCGGACGGGCUGGCAGCAUGUUGAGAACUCCUAACCCACCUUUAACCCCGACAGCCCAGCACGCGAGACGGCAGCUUGCCACUGCAGUUAUGGCAAUUUGUACGGACUCGCGCGCUUUAGUGCUUGUGACAUGGCGUCCACGAACUCUACCUUGGACAGCUUUGCGCUGCUCGCGACGCCCACCUCCGACAGGUCGGCUGAAGGACCAAGGAUGACUUGAAGCGCACGGUUUGCUUGCUCCGCCGUCACCGACCCGCGCUUUGUUAUAUCGAACAUUCCGAACAUGGUUUCAAGAUCCUGCUCCGUAAUGAGCGUUGAAGUCCCAGUUACUUUAGCAUUUUCAAGGUACUUCACAAUGUACUCGCGCGGCUUCUCCGGCUUGUAAAAGAGCAGCUCCGCUGUUAUUGCCUGAAUAAAGCAGGCUAAUCGUGAGAAUUGCAGCCGACACAGAGCAACCAGAGCACGCGCGUCAAGGCAUCUCCCAUAACUUGCCUCAAACAGUUGAGGUAUCUUAUUCUUCUCAAGAUAUGCUUCGACUUUUGCACGUGGGUCCUCCAUUUGCCUGAACCGCUCAGCAACAAUGUCCUUCGUAUGUUCGGACCGGAGUUGCAGGCAUACAGCUCAUUUAGUACGUAAUCUUUUAGAAACGU